ACGGACCCAAUAGUCCGCAAAAUGUGGCAGGCCAUUGAAGACGACAACUACAAUGCCCUCGCGAACUCCAUGGAAGAGGGCAUGCAGAGAGUUUUGAGGAAGCCCUACCUGUACAUGGACUGGGGAAUCCCCUUGCGAUAUGACUACGGCCACGACUGCCGCCUCUAUAUGCUGCCCACUUCCUACUUCCACGUGCAGACUUCCUUUACUCUCAGGAAGAAUUCGCCGCUCGUCCCCAUCUUGAAUAAAGUGGUGCUCGACAUCUUAUCUUCGGGGCUGGUGGAGAAAUGGUGGCAUGACUGGAACACGGAAGCCGGUAGCUGCGGGCCCCUUCAGAACGAGCCCGUGGGAGUAAAAACCGUGUUUGGGCCCUUCUUCAUAUUCUCCAUGGCUCUCGUGGCGUCCCUGUGUGCUCUGGCCUGCGAAAUUCGGAUUUUUAGGAAAUAUCCCAAACUGAAUUUAACAACUAAACAUAUGCGGAAGUAGGAAAUGUUCUUCGUGAUUACAUGUUUUAAGUUAUGGCUCUGAAAAAAGAUGCGUUGCACGAGAUGGCCUACUCAACGUCUAUUGUUCCAUCU